GAUCCCCGGACACUGGCCACUUCCUGGUUUGGUGGCUCCGGUGUCCCAGCUAUGACAGAGGGCUCCGCGGAGCCUCCUCCCUGCCCGGGGGCCCGGCGCCGCCGCUUCCUCCUCUCUCUGCCCAAUGUGUUCCCGGGCAGGACCCGCGCCGUGCCCGAGCCGAGCUCUGUGCCAUCUCCGCCGCCGUCUCCUCCUCCCCCCACCGUACCGGCCUCGGUGUUCCCCCCGCCAUCGCCCCCCGCGGGCCCUGACUCGCUGCUGGAGUGCCCCCUGUGCCUGAUCCGCCAGCCCCCCGAGGAGCUGCCCGAGUUACUCAGCUGCCGCCACCGGUCAUGUCUGCGCUGCCUGCGCCAAUACCUGCGGAUCGAGAUCACCGAGAGCCGGGUGAACCUGCGCUGCCCGGAGUGUGCCGAGCGGCUCAGCCCCCAGCAUGUCCGGGCCAUCCUGCGGGACCCCCCGCUCACCCGCAAGUACGAGGAGUUCCUGCUGCGGCGCUGCCUGGCCGCCGACCCCGACUGCAGAUGGUGCCCGGCCCCGGACUGCGGAUAUGCUGUGAUUGCUUAUGGCUGUGCAAGCUGCCCCAGACUGGUCUGUGAGAGAGAAGGUUGUCAGACAGAAUUCUGCUACCACUGCAAACAUGUGUGGCACCCAAACCAGACCUGCGACAUGGCACGCCAGCAGAGAGCAUCUUCAUUUGGCAUGCGCAGGAAGCACCCCUCUGGAAUCAGCUAUGGGCAGGAAUCCGGUUCAGCUGAUGACAUGAAGUCCUGCCCCCGGUGCAGUGCCUAUAUUAUUAAAAUGAAUGAUGGAAGCUGCAAUCAUAUGACUUGUGCCGUAUGUGGCUGUGAAUUUUGUUGGUUGUGCAUGAAAGAGAUUUCUGACCUCCACUACCUCAGUCCCUCAGGCUGUACAUUCUGGGGAAAGAAGCCAUGGAGCAAGAAGAAGAAGAUAAUCUGGCAAUUGGGAACUCUUAUAGGAGCUCCAGUAGGAAUAUCUCUUAUUGCUGGAAUUGCAAUUCCUGCAAUGGUCAUUGGUAUCCCAGUCUAUGUUGGCAGAAAGAUUCAUGGCCGUUUUGAAAAUAAGAAAACGUCAAAACAUAAGAAGAAUUUGGCAGUCACUGGUGGUGUUAUCCUGUCUGUCAUUGCCUCGCCUGUUGUGGCUGCAGUUAGUGUGGGAAUUGGAGUUCCCAUCAUGCUUGCAUACGUGUAUGGCGUGGUGCCAGUUUCUCUGUGCCGCGGUGGAGGGUGUGGUGUUACCACAGCAAAUGGCAAAGGGGUAAAGAUUGACUUUGAAGAAGAUGGACCGAUUACAGUGGCAGACGCAUGGAGAGCGUUAAAGAACCCAAGUAUCGGGGAGAGCAGCAUGGAAGGUUUGACAAGUGUACUGAGCACUAGUGGGAGUCCAACAGAUGGGCUGAGUGUCCUUCAAGGAAAUUACAGUGAGACAGCCAGUUUUGCAGCACUCUCUGGUGGUAGCCUAACUGGAGGCAUGUUGAGUGGAGGAAGAGCCAAGUAUUGCAGGCUUGAGGUACAGGCAGAUGUGCAGAAAGAGACCUGCCAGAAAGACUCUGUUAGUCUGGGUGCUGUGAGUGAUAGCGCUAGUACCAGAGCAAUGGCUGGUUCCAUCAUCAGCUCAUACAACCCACAAGAGAGGGAGGUUAAUAACCUGGAGAUCCAGGUUCAUAUAGAAGCAAAACCUUCCAGAUACCAGCUGAUGAGUGAGAGCAGUACAGAGGAAUCCCUUCAUGUUGCAGCACCUCUUGUGGAAGGCGAGGAUGAUGACUGUUGCAGAGACCAGAUUCCUCCUCGUGACAUCACACUGGCACAGCCUGAGAGCAUCCGCAGCGACUUGGAGAGUUCAGAUGCGCAGUCUGAUGAUGUGCCUGACCUGGCGUCAGAGGAAUAUGAUUCCCCUCACCUUCUACCACCCUCUCCACCAGAUCCUCAUCGUGAAAGCCCCCCGCCUCGCAUGUGUGCACAGCAGGAAGGUCUUUGUGCCCGGGAGGAGGGGCUCUCCAAAGUGGAGUUUAUAGAGGUGCGAGUGUAAAAUCACACCAGCAACACCACCUCUAUAAUUUUAUUAUUAAUAUUUUAUUUGCAUUAUUUUUUUUCCAAUGGAAAUUCCUUACAAUGCUGUAAGUGGACAGGAUAACCUAGUGCACAGGCGUGCUGUAAGCUCUACCUAAAUGCUUUGUCUUGGACUUUUCUUUUUCUUUGCCCCCUCACUGUGAUAGGCCUGUAUCUCUCAUGUAAAUUCUUCUAAUUUAUUGGCUUUGACUGGAUGUAUAGAUGAUCUUAUUUAUGUAAUAUUUACAGAGAAUAUGGUGAAUCAGCUUUUUUUUUCCUUUGUAAGGAAUUGUUGAAAAAAUAAAACUGGAUUGAAAUAUU